GUUCAUAAGAUUAGAAAACGGUGUCGUUUCAGCCACUAAUAAAAAGUGGAUAGCACUAGAGGUUCGUUAAACAGAUAACAUUUCCUCUGCUCACCAUGGCAACGUGUACCUCCCUCUUCAGCAAAUCCCAAAUAAGAGGAUGGAGGCCUUUAGUACACAAGAAACACCAAUUCAAUAUUUCUGAAAGGUUCAUGUGUCCUACAAGAGGAAAACCAAGUGAGGGAUAUCAGGUGUCACGAUCUAGCAUGCAUUGCUCUGCAAUCAACAUUGAACAGUUGCCAACAUAUGCAACCAUUUCAGACAGGCCAUCAAAUGGUGUUGAGGAUGUCAGAAGUAUCAAUCUCAAUGUACUAGAAGCAUCCAAAGCUACCUCAAAAUUCAUUCAGAGUUUGACACUGGCAGAUUUAGACCCUGCCACAGCAAAGCUAGCAAUUGGUAUUUUGGGGCCAUUUCUCUCAGCAUUUGGUUUUCUGUUUAUUUUGAGAAUAGUAAUGUCCUGGUACCCAAAGCUACCUGUUGGAAAAUUUCCAUAUAUAAUAGCUUAUGCUCCCACAGAACCAAUCCUCAUUCCAACCCGUAAGGUGAUUCCACCGGUGGGAGGAGUGGAUGUGACUCCUGUGGUCUGGUUUGGAUUGAUAAGUUUCCUAAAUGAAAUACUGGUUGGCCCUCAAGGACUCCUCGUUCUUCUUUCUCAACAAGUUAACUGAUGUGCUUACUUUGAGAGGAGGAAGAAAGUACAUUGAUCAUUUUCAUUUUUGUAAAGUGAGAUUUCAUGGUUGUAAAUGUAAACAUGUGAAUUGUGAUUACUGAUUUCCUUUAUAUAACCAUCAAAUACUGAUGGUUCUUAACCGAAUAAAACGAUCAACAACUAGAAAUACUAAUCAUUUGUCUGCA